CAACACAACAACAUUUAAAUCUUCUUUUUCUUUCUUCCGCCAUUAUUUUAUUUCUGUAACCGCGUACAGCUGGUACAGAAACGGCUAAAGUCUUCGCUUAUUUUUCAUAUAAAUACCAAUUCCAGGCGAUCUUUGCUCAAAGCUUGCUUUGAAAUUUUUCUGCAAGACUCGGAGAAAUGGGAGAAAGAGGAGUAAGAAAGAAGAGUGCGUGGAAUACGCUGCGAAUGACUCUGUUCAUGAUCAGAAAAUGUCUUCUGAAGCGCAAAAUUUUGCAGGAAUUAGACCUGCGCGUAAGAGGAAAAGUUUUCGCCAAGAUCUUUAAAAGUUCGAUUUUUCAUCGAACACCUGCGUAUAAUUCUCGCGGACUGAGCGGCCUGAGAGAAUAUGAAUUUUCGUGCUCCAACAGCCCUGCAACCCCUGCUUUACAACACUUUGCAAGCAGAUUAACGAGCUGCCGCCAUUUUCUUUCCUGCUUUCAGCCGGAUUUUUCCUUUGAAGACAAAUAUGAGUCCCGUAGAUUUGUGUUCAGUCCUUGCGCGAUUAAAGAAGGUGUCACCGGCCGGCCUUUUGAGAAUCCGGCACGCACAUUUCAAGAGGAAGACAAUCAAGAAGAUCGAAAAGCUGAAGAAUUUAUUGCAAGAUUUUACAGCCAAAUGAAAUUUCAGCGCCAGACUUCGCUGUUGCGGUACGAAGAGAUGUUGGCCAGAGGUGUCAACUGAACUGAGAUUACGUUUAUUAGCAUUGCAUUU